CAUUGAUUUUUCUCAUUCCACGCGCACUUCAUUCACGGGUCUUAUUUUACCCUAAAGCUGAGCUUUUGUUUUUGUUGCAUUCAUCAUUCGAUUUUAUAUCGAAUUCAAGUUUUUAUUUCAACGUUAUACAAACAAAAAAGCAUCAAAAUGACUACUUAUUUUGAAUACCCAUCUGCUGAACUUCAAAAAGAAUUAAGUCAAAUUGCUAAUGCCAUGGUUGCUGAUGGUAAAGGUCUAUUAGCUGCCGAUGAAUCUGUAUCAACCAUGGGAAAACGCCUUCAAGAUAUUGGAGUAGAAAAUACUGAAGAUAAUCGUCGUGCCUACCGACAGUUAUUAUUUACUGCUGAUGAACCUUUAAACGAUCGUAUUUCUGGAGUAAUUUUAUUCCACGAGACUCUUUACCAAAAAAGUGACGAUGGUGUAUUAUUUGUUGAUAUCCUUAAAAACCGAUGCAUCAUUCCGGGAAUCAAGGUUGAUAUGGGUGUUGUAGACUUAUUUGGCUCAGAAGGAGAAACUACUACACAAGGAUUGGAUGAUCUGGGUAAACGUUGUGCUCAAUACAAAAAGGAUGGAUGUCACUUUGCUAAAUGGCGUUGCGUUUUAAAGAUUGGUAAGAAUAUUCCAUCAUAUCAAGCUAUUCUGGAAAAUGCUAAUGUAUUGGCCAGAUACGCUUCAAUUUGUCAAGCUAAUCGUAUUGUUCCAAUUGUUGAACCUGAGGUAUUGUGUGAUGGAGAUCAUGAUUUGGAACGUUGCCAAAAAGUCACUGAAACUGUAUUGGCUGCAGUAUACAAAGCUCUGAAUGACCACCAUGUAUAUCUGGAAGGUACUAUUUUGAAGCCCAACAUGGUUACUCCUGGACAGUCAUCUAGUAAGAAAGCUACAGCUGCCGAAAUUGCUAAAGCUACAGUAACUGCUCUUCAGCGCACAGUUCCACCAGCAGUUCCUGGAAUCAUGUUUUUGUCUGGUGGUCAAACUGAAGAAGAAGCAUCUGUGAAUUUAGAUGCAAUUAAUAAGUACAAUGCCAAAAAACCAUGGGCAUUGAGCUUCAGUUAUGGACGUGCUCUGCAAGCAUCAGUCUUGAAGGCAUGGCAAGGAAAGAAAGAAAACAUCAAGACAGCUCAAGAUGAGCUUCUUAAGAGAGCAUUAGCAAACAAAUUGGCAGCUUUGGGCAAAUAUGAAGCUGGUUCUGUACAAACUUCUGCUGGUUCUCAAGGACUUUUUGUUAAAGAUCAUGCAUAUUAAUUAACAAAUUAUAUUUUCAUAAAUACUCCAACAUCUGCAGAUUUGAAAAUCGUUACCAAAAUAUAAACACUUAUUAUCACAACAGCUUUUCUUCAUCUUUUUUAUUUUUGUGUUAGAUUUGUUCAAAAGAUUUAAAUAAAUAUUAUAUAUUAUCGAAAAAUA